CAGAGUUGUCAGUUCCCCACUCGCGGCAUCAUGGACAACUGGAUGAGAUACCAGUUGACCGGCGAUGAGCGUUACAUCCAAGCCUUUCGUCGGCAGAAAGCACUCAAAGCAGCCCUCAUGGGUGGCAGCUUAGGGGCGAUUGGUUGCGUCAGUGCUUCCAUCAUGGCUUCACAGGUCAUGGCCAAGGAUUGGCCACCACCUACACUUCCCAAGCGCUGUGGUGCCUUUUUGCUGGGCUUUGGCGCCAUCUCUGGCAUCUACUCCUGGAUCCAAACCCGGCAUUUGGUUGGAGAGCUCACCCUGCCGCAGAUGGAGGGCAUCGAGGAGAAACCGACCAGUCAUCGGACGAUCUGACGAAAAAGUGCGAAACAUGCCGCGUGUUGGUCGAUCCUUGGAGAUGGAAAGCUGUUUGGAAGCCCAUGCGAAGCUUCUGGUUGAAGAUUUGGGUUCCAAUUGAUGGGAGACCCCUGUGUCAUGUUGAUUCUGGGGUUCUCGUGCGUUCUGAUGCCUAGCCUAGAAGGGAGUGAAGAUGAAUGAAAGGAACAACGCUCAACCGGUUCCACUAUAUAGAUGGUGUUACAAUGCGUAUAGUGUUCCGAAGCGUUCCGAAGUUCACAUUCUCAACAAUCGCGUUUGUGCGUCCAUGAUGGUCAAAGCUUAAGCCUCGCUAUUGC